AUGGAUGUGCUGAGUGCCUUGGUUCAACAAAAAAAGAAAGAUGUUGAAGAUUUGAAAAAAGGAGGGAAGAAAUGGAUUUCACAGAAGGAUAUCAAAGAAAAAGAACGUCAAAACGCGUUGAAGGCUAUUGAAGAAGCAGAUGAAAAGCGACGUGAACAAGAAUUGAAGCGCCUGAAGGAACUGGAGGAUCAUCUGUCUCGAAGCAAGCGAGCGCCAUCAGGAGACUCAAAUAAUAAUUUGAUUGAAGAGCAAACUCCUUCAAAGCGGCAGAAAGCUGAAGAGCAUGAAGAAGGAAAGCCUCCCUUAGCGAGAGAUGAAGUCAUUCAACGGCUGAGAAAAAGGGGUCAUGUCGUGACAUACUAUGGUGAAAGUGACUGGAGAAGGUACAAGCGAUUGUGCGAGCUGGAAAUUGCCGAACAUGGAGACGAGUUGGCGGGAGGACAGCAGAAUAUCUUUUUACGACUUUUAGAGGAUCAAAGUUUAUCAUCGAAGGAUCCUCAUCAUCAUGGUGGACGUCGUCGACUUUCUGAUGCUGAAGCUCAUGGGUUUGAUGAAGAUUUUGAUGACGAAGACGAUAAAAAGGAAAAGGAGGAAAAGGAGCCAAAAGCGCAAACGAAAGAAGAGCAUGUGCGUGGUUGGAUUAGAAAAAUGUUGGGUGAAUGGGAAACAGAACUUAAACAGAGAACAGAAGAAGAAAGAAGUGCCCAAUUAGGAAAAAUAAAGACUGCACAAUGCAAACAAACAAGGAAGGAUCUGAGACCAUUAAUGAAGAAAUUAAAGCAUAAAGAAGAAUAUAGAUCAGCUCAUGAUAAAUAUAUCGAAUUAUCAAUUGGGAAUGCUGCAUGGCCGAUGGGAGUCACAAUGGUUGGGAUACAUGAAAGAGCAGGACGGUCGAAAAUUUUCACCUCUGAGAUUGCUCAUAUUCUCAAUGAUGAAACAACGCGUAAAUAUAUUCAUAUGUUUAAAAGACUUAUAUCAUUUUGUCAACGUCAGUAUCCUACAGAUCCUUCGCAAAUGGUUUGUAUAUCGACAGUCCACAUAUAA